AACUUCAUAUCAAAAUGCAUAAUCAAUAGAUGAAGACAUUUCCAGGCAAAGCAUUUAAGUGCAUUGGAAAGUGAUAAGCGAUAUUGGCAAUAUGGUAUAAAUAAGCCCGUUCACAGUCGUCAUUGUUUCACUUUUUUAGUUAUACAGACGGAAGAAAUUCUAAUAAAAACAUGUUCGUUCGGUUAUUGGUCCUUUCAACUUUAAUAUGCAGUGCAUUUGGAGCUGGGACUGCUGUUAAGAAAUGUUCAGGAAAUAAACCUUUUCCAUUAGAGGUUCGAGUUUUGAAUUGUGAUGUACCGCCCUGCAAUGUUGUCAAAGGACAGGAUAUGGAAUUUGAAAUUGAUUUUGUUGUUUUUAAUUAUACUACUACAAUGAAAACACUCGUUAGAGCAACUACAAUCGGAUUAACUGUACCAUACGAAUUACCAGAUGACGUUAGUAAUGUAUGUAAAAAUCUCAAAUAUGGAGCCUAUUGUCCUUUGUAUCCCGAAGAAGAUGUAACAUAUAAAUUCAUAUUUCCAAUUAGUAAUGUUUAUCCGGAAAUUAGUGUGAAAAUUGAAAUUUCCAUUGUCGAUCAGACAAAAACGGUUGUAAGUUGUUUUGUGUGUGAUAUUAAAGUGAGAAAAGGAUCAUCUGUAGGAUUACAAAUAAAUUAAUGAAAAAAAAAAAAAAAAAAAUAAAAACUAGUAAGAGGCUUUAAAAGACGUAUUUCAGAAAGUAGGAACAAAGAAGGAACGAAAAUUCAAUAAAAUGUUUGUAACUAAAAAAUCAAGGAAUUCAUUUACUCAAACGGAUAACGUGUUGAAUUUUUCGAAUUUUUAACCGUUUAAAUAAUUUUUUUCUACAACAAGAGCAAUUUUAGGAUUUCAGAUUCCAGCUCCUUAGAAGGUUUGGGUACACUGAAACAAUAUCACUGCAAAAAUCACGAUGUUAACAUUGUAAUUGAGGACUCCACUUCCACAUGCAAUAG